AAAAUUUGAUUAGUUUACUUUUAUGUAAAACUUUGUCACUAGAGGGCGAUAAAAAUCUUGUAAAAGUUCGGAUCCAAAUAAAUAAGGCAUUUUGAAAUGUUGCAAGAACGUUUUAAAAUAUUGCAUGCUAACCCGUUGACAUUUUCUGUUGAAAAUAUUCUGACAUGCUAAAUGCACAAAAUGCGUUGCAAAAUUAACUCUUAGUAUUGGUAUCUCUUAUCGAAGAACAUACUUGAGUAAAAACACGCUUCAUAUGAAACAGUUAUUUAAAACAAUGUGACCAGCGAACGAGUUUAACGUACAUAGCUAACUGAAAAUUUCAUAUGAAUAAUAAUAAAUGAUAUCAAAGUUAAAAGUAAUUACGAUUUUCUUUUAACUGAAAUUUUAAUACAAACAUUAUAACCUACAUGAUUUUCAGUGAAUUAAAAUAUCCAAAGCAAUUAUAUGCAUAUGCAUAACAUAUGAUGUAUAUAAUAAACAAAUACAAAUUGUAAUACUGUAAAUAUUUAAGUACAAUAACGCGAAAGUACCAUUCGUAGUGUCAUUAUGACGCGUAAAUGUGUGUUGUGUAAAGAAACAAAUUACAGGAAUACUUAUAGUUUUUUCUCAGCUCCUAAGGAUCCUGAAUUACGUAAAAAGUGGCAAGAUGCAAUUGCCAUUGAAAAUUAUUGUGUUACCGAUGAUACAUAUGUUUGUAGCAAACAUUUUCACAAAGAUGAUAUCAUUACACAUUGGGUUAGCGGAGUGCCACCACAUGUUGUAACUAUUAAAUAUAAGAAAUGUAGAUUAAGACCAGGGGCUGUUCCCGGCAGAAAUUAUCAUCUUGAAGAAAACACGCAAUCUCAGGAACAUUCUGAUGAUUUUGAUGUAAAUAUAAAUUGUUACUCACCAUAUAAAUCUGAAAAAAGUUCUGAUUUGACAAAGAAAGAAAGAGAUUUUCUGAUACCUAGAACUGAAGGAAAGAUACAAAUAAGUUACAAUGAAGAUUACAAAAUUUCAUCAUUAUAUGAACUUCCUCAUAAAUUUGUAGAUUAUAAUCAUACUUCUAAAAGAAAUUCACAAAAUGAUACAGAAUUCUCAGAAAACGGUUCAAAUGUUAAUAAUGUGUCGUACAAUAAUCCCAAAAUGAAAGAUUCCUCAAAACAAAAUUCAUGCCAAACAAAGCAGAAUAAAACAAUGAGCCUAAAAGAAGGAAGUUUUUCUGAUGAUGUAAACUUGAUAGAAGACGUAAAAGUUGAUGAAGAGGAAGGACCAAAUCAAACCUGUAAAGAAGACUUUUAUUCUAAUGCAUCUAACAAAGUUUUAGAUUCUUCAUUCAAAAGUUGUGAUACCUCCAAUGAAGAUGACGAAUCAAUGUCAAACCAUAAAAUAAAAAAAGAAAUUCUUCAUAAGGAAAAAUCAACAGAUAACAAUUUUAAUUCUACAGAGAAUAUAUACGUAGAAAGUCAGACAGAUAAUUUAAAUUAUGAUGAGUUAGAUAAUAUGUACAAUGAUGCUGAUAAAAAUGAAAUGUUAUUUGAAGAUCUACUUGAAGUAUGUACAGAAGUAUUAUUACCACGUGGGUGGUCCUGUUUGGUUACAUCUAAAGGCCGCACAACAACAAUAGUAUAUUUAUAUAUGGGUAUGACAAAGAGUGGAAUGCCUUUUGCUGAGAAACAAGUGUUUAUAAAGAGUGAUAUGGUAUUACAUUGUGCUGCUGUAAAUAAAGAAUUUAACCCACUACUUCACAAUCUCAUAAGAGAGGGGAAACAUUUAAAAGUACAAAACUUAAUAGACAUAGAAGAACUUAUUGAUGAAUUUGAUCAAAGGAUUGUCUGUCAAGAUAAAUAAUCCGGGGGAAUCGGCCGAUUAUUGUGACCUACGCAAACGUAAACUUUGGAUGUUGAUAAAAACUGGGCGGCUGAUAUUGUCUUUUACCCUAUGCAAAGUGAGUAUUUAAAACGCUUAAAAAGAAAGAAUACACAAUAAAAAUUUGUGCAUUAAAAUAAAUUUUGAGAGAUUACCACAAACGUAAGACACGAGUAAAAAGAUCAUUGAACACACUGCAAUUUGAUAUACUUGAACGUUUUACAUAUAUCAUAUGUAUAUUCGCGUGUAUACAGUGUGCAUCUAUCAAAUUUUAUUAUAAAAUUUUUACUAAAAAUUGAAAUCGUAGUCUAGAAAUAAUUUGAAUGUAUUUUCAAAAGUAAUACAUAUAUUUAUAAUUGAGAUGAGUCUACCAAAAAAUAUUCGUAAAAAACGUGUAUACUUUUACGUGCAUAAAGAUUAGUGACAUGUUUUGUAGCGCCAAAUGAAAUAUCAGUAACAAUGAUUAAUAAUAAAUAAAUAUGGCGUGAAGUAUGAGUUCUCACAUGAUAUUACUCCCUCUUAAAGUCAACAUCAAAUGACUCAGUAAUCACAGCCAUAGGAAGCAAUAUUGUGGUACAUCAUAAAGUUUAGAUGCAAUGUUUUUUAUAUUACAAACUGACUAAGGAGCAAUUCUUAAUUUGUACUUGUAUAAUCAAGGCGAAUUGUACUUAUCGAACAAUAACAUUACCAUUUCUUUUUUUUCUAACCUGUCUCGUCAUACUGUACAUACGCAUAUAAAUAUUAACUUAUCUACAUUGUUCUACAAAAUAUUAAUUUACACCAUCGUAGUUGGUCUAGACAGUUGAUGUAAUAAAAAUUUCUUUUCAAUAUUCUAUCAUUUUUUAUGUAACACUUAUCUAGGAUUUCAUUUCAGAUAGAUCUUAAUAAACUUACAUUUCGUCUAAACUUAGAACCUGCCUUACAGUUAUUACAACUAUUAAAUAGUAAAAAUUAUUCGUUUCUUUUUCAAAACAUAUAAGAUUUUUAAUUAAGAAUUUUUAAGAGUAAUAUUAGUUUUCAAUUAAGCCGACUUAAUUACAAUAUGCACACUUCGUCGUUACUCAUCUUUUUUUUUCAUGCAUCCCACUGUCAUCUUUUUAAUCUACAUAUAUGGUACAAUAUUGAAUAUACUGUAAAAUUAUUAUUCAAGAACAGGUAUUCAAAUUUAGUAUGUUUAAAAUACUUAUAUUAAAUA